AUGGAAUCCCCUUUUACUGUUUCUGCCAAGCCUGGUGGUGAUAUCUGGAAGCAGCCUCCUUCUCAUGAUGUCUUUACUGCUCCCUCGCGCACCCACUCCUCCGGUCCCCUUCAAAGCCUCAUCUCAGCAACUCUCACCUUCACCUUGACCUACACCCACCAGUACGACCAAGCCGGUCUCCUACUCACCCUCACAAAGCCGGGCUCCCAGAAAAAGUGGAUCAAGACUGGUAUCGAGUACUUCAACAACCACCCUCGUUUCGCUACCGUCGGCUGCGAUAACUUCAGCGAUUGGAGUCUUGCGCCUGUGCCUGAAAAGGACGAGGCUGCUGUCAAGAGCGGUGGCAAGAGUGCUACCAUUGUUAUCGAGAGGGAGAAGAGUGUGCUUGGGCUGUGUUGGUGGAUCUCUCGAAUUGAUGAUGCUGGUGAAAAGGUGCCUUUGAGACAGCUCUGCUGGCCUUUUGGUGAGGAUGGAUGGGAGGUUGAGAUCGGUGCUGCAGUUGCACGACCUAACAAGGACGUUAAGGAAGAGUUGGAAGCCAAGUUUGAGAACUUUGAGGUCAAGUGGGAGUCUACUUGA